AUGUUGCCUUUUGUACAUAUUCUUACAAGACUGCUAAUGGUAAAUCAAAGGUUAAUGAUUGCAAGAUGUGGCUUCUAUGUUUAUUUUGGAUACAGUAGACACUUGAACAAGGCUUAUGGAUACAUGGAAUUCACUCACGAGAUGGCUCAAAUAGAAUUCAAGGAUGUUAGACACUAUUUUGCCAGCAAAAUUUAUUUCUAUUUGGGAUAAGAUAAGUUCUAUCCACCUUUCAAUGGCAAGGUUCAAGGAUUCAUGUUGAAUUUCUUCGAUGGAUCAUACAGAACAUCCAGUUAUGAUUACACUUUCGGAUAUUUCCCAAGACCAGUCUAUGAAUAUGAUGACUCCAAGGAAUUGAUCCCAUCUGAACCAGUAGAAAAGAAGAAAUGUCCUAAAGUGGUUGAGAUCACUGUUGAAAAUGCAUCUGAUGUUUUGUGUGCCUUGAGUAAUUAUUUGUCUGCAGUUGCACAGGGACAUGAUCCUGCUUCAGAUCCUAAAGCUGAAUCCUUCUGUUUCUGUUUGGUCUAUGAGGAAGAAAAUGCAACUCCUGAUUUGUUGAUGUUAGCAUAAAUCUUUGGUGGAAAGAUUAAAUAGAAAUAAUCUAAUGUUAAUUCCUCAAUUAAGAGACUGUUAAGCAGAUAGAAUGCACUGUUAAAGUGAUUGUUAGAACAUUCAACAUUAUUUUAUUAAUUAAUAUACUCUCA